GUGCCCUCUGCCCACCCCUUCCUCCUCCUCCCCAUUUGGAAGCAUAAACUGAAAAUAAAAGACAGGUGGAAGGAGCUGCGGGUCAGAGAGGAACCCUCGGCAACACCUGGAGACCAGCCCGCACCUCUGGCCGCCGCCCCCCGCCCUCCCUUGCCGAGGACCGGGUUCUUGGGGAAAACGUCUGGACCUCAAGUACGGCCACCAUUACGGCGUGAUCAGCUCCUUUUGCUCUAAGAAUGCUGAACGGCACCACUCUAGAGGCAGCCAUGCUCUUCCACGGCAUCUCCGGAGGCCACAUCCAAGGCAUCAUGGAGGAGAUGGAGCGCAGAUCUAAGACCGAGGCCCGCCUGGCCAAAGGCGCUCAGCUCAACGGCCGCGAUGCGGUCAUGCCCCCGCUAAGCCCGGAGAAGCCAGCUCUGUGCGCCGGCUGUGGGGGCAAGAUCUCGGACAGGUACUACCUGCUGGCUGUGGACAAACAGUGGCACCUGAGGUGCCUGAAGUGCUGUGAAUGUAAGCUGGCCCUCGAGUCCGAGCUCACCUGCUUCGCCAAGGACGGUAGCAUUUACUGCAAGGAGGAUUACUACAGAAGGUUCUCUGUGCAGAGAUGUGCCCGCUGCCACCUUGGCAUCUCCGCCUCUGAGAUGGUCAUGCGCGCCCGAGACUCUGUCUAUCACCUGAGCUGUUUCACCUGCUCCACUUGCAACAAGACCCUGACCACCGGCGACCAUUUCGGCAUGAAGGACAGCCUGGUGUACUGCCGCGCCCACUUCGAGACCCUCUUGCAAGGGGAGUAUCCACCGCAGUUGAGCUACACCGAGCUGGCGGCCAAGAGCGGCGGCUUGGCCCUGCCUUACUUCAAUGGCACUGGCACGGUGCAGAAAGGGCGGCCCCGGAAGCGGAAGAGCCCAGCGCUGGGAGUGGACAUCGUCAAUUACAACUCAGGUUGUAAUGAGAACGAGGCAGACCACUUGGACCGGGAUCAGCAGCCUUACCCACCCUCUCAGAAGACCAAGCGCAUGAGAACCUCCUUCAAGCACCACCAGCUCCGGACCAUGAAAUCCUACUUUGCCAUCAACCACAACCCAGAUGCCAAGGAUCUCAAGCAGCUUGCUCAGAAAACAGGCCUCACCAAAAGAGUUUUGCAGGUUUGGUUCCAAAACGCACGAGCCAAAUUCAGAAGGAACCUUUUGCGGCAGGAGAAUGGGGGUGUUGAUAAAGCUGAUGGCACGUCGCUUCCGGCCCCGCCCUCAGCAGACAGCGGCGCUCUUACUCCACCCGGCACUGCGACCACUUUAACAGACCUGACCAAUCCCACUAUCUCUGUAGUGACAUCCGUGACCUCUAACAUGGACAGCCACGAAUCCGGAAGCCCCUCACAAACUACCUUAACGAACCUUUUCUAACAUUGGUUUUUU